AUGUUUAUGCUGCGGAAUGUUGGCAAGCUGAUCUUCGGCUCCGGCACUCAAGAAGCGCUUAUCGAGCUGCCCCAGGGUCAGCUUUAUCUCGUUCGACCGCUGUCGCCCAAGGGCUAUUCCGAGCUUAUUUUCAAGGACUCGGCCAUUCGUAUCCGUCGAACCAACCAGGAUUUCCACUACCAACUUGUCGUCCAGCGGGUUUUUGAGGAAGGCGAGGCUGAACUUAUUGCCGACGAAGAAGGCGAAGACGCUGAGAUUGACGCUCUUGCCGCCGAACGUGACGAGAAGACAUUCCUGCUGGACGAAGCUCUUCGGUUCCGAGUCGAAAGCAGAGAGGGUGGUGAAACUGUCUUUGCUUGGAGAGACUUGAGCGGCGACAACGGCGACCUCUACGAAUUCGUUUGCGACACUCAGGUGCCCUCCGCCCAAGUUGAACAGUUUGUUCAAGUUGCCAAGCAGUGUCAAUACGAACGCAAGUACCGCAAGCCGCAUACCACUGCUUCUGACGAGGAUUAUCAGCAGUUCGAGUUUCACGACGAAAACCCCAUUCCUCCUGCCAGUCCACUUCACAGCCCCGUGCUUACCCGGUCUAUUGAGUCUGUCGACGACAUGUACGCCAAGACUGCUGCUAACACGGGCGCCAAGAGGGAACCUCUGGCUGUCGCCGCUGCUGCCUCGCUACCGGAGCCGGAGCCGGAGCCGGAGCUCGACCCGGAGGUAGGGCCGGAAACCAAGGGCAGCGGAUCGUCCAACGCACCUGAACCUGACUCUGCGCCGGAACCUCUUGAGAUCUACGCAUCGCUACCCGCCGAGCUCCAUCUCUUCGAUCCACAGCCGGGUCACUUUGAACUCAUUGAUGACUCCGUGAUUGCUACCGUUUCAGAGGUUGGCCAAUGGCAAUAUUGGCUCCAAAUCGAAAGCAAGGAAAAAUCAUGGGUCGGUACCUCGGUCGUGCCCGAGUUCAACCCUGUGUUUGAUUUUGAGUAUCUCUCAUUCGUCUUCAACCACUUCAGCAGCGAUGGCACCGCCAGGUCCUGGCUUCUCCGAUUCAAGGAUCAGCCUACUCUGGAAAAGUUCCAAGAGGCAAUCAUGCAAGCCAUCUGGGAGAGGCUCAAUGAGACUAAAUGGGCCAAAGUGCAAGAAAAGGAGCGUGAAUACGUGCUUGAUGCCUUUGGCGACCUAAACAUGGAAGAUGCGCCGCCGCUGGAAGAAGCCGAAGAAGAAGAGGCGGAGGAGGAGCAUGAGGAAGAGGAAGACGCAGGCAUCCGAAGCGACGAUUACGAAUCUGAAGAGGAGGAGGAAGCAGACGAGGAGAAAUCCAGUGGUGACAUCAACUCACAACUGGCGGUGGGUUACAAGCAUGACCGCUCAUUUGUCGUUCGCGGUUCCAAGAUUGGCGUCUUUUCUCAUACGGCCGACAACCGUCUCAAAUUUAACACCAACAUUUCCAAGGUUACCACCCCAAGCGGUAAGCUCAUGAGCCCCAAGAAGGUCAUGUUGCACAGCGAAGAUCGCGAUCUCAUCAUACAAAAUGGCGUCGAUGCCAACAAACUGUACCGUAUGGAUAUUGAAUACGGCAAGGUCGUUGACGAGUGGAAAGUCCACGAUGAUAUUCCCGUUGUCACAUUUGCUCCAGAGAAUAAGUUUGCUCAGAUGACUUCGGAGCAGACCUUCCUUGGUGUGUCCAGCAAUGCUCUGUACCGUGUCGAUCCUCGUCUGUCUGGCAACAAGCUUGUGGACACUGAUAUGAAGCAAUAUGCUUCCAAGAAUGACUUCUCAGCUUUGGCUACCACCGAGAAGGGAUACAUUGCCGUGGCAAGCAACAAGGGCGAUAUUCGCCUGUUUGACCGCCUUGGAAUUCGCGCCAAGGCGCAGCUUCCUGCUCUAGGUGAUCCCAUCAUUGGUAUGGAUGUUUCUGCCGAUGGUCGAUGGAUCCUGGGAACUACCAAGAACUACAUCUUGCUGGUCGAUGCUCAACAGAAGGGUGGCAAGAAUGAUGGCAAGCUCGGUUUUGAGAAGGGUUUCGCAGCCGACUCCAAGCCCCGUCCUCGCCGUCUUGCGCUAACCCCAGAGCACGUUGCGCAGGUUUACCACGAAACGGGAAAGCCUGUAUCGUUUACACCGGCCAAGUUCAACGCUGGAGAGGGCGCUGAAGAGAAGAGCAUCAUCACUGCUACAGGUCCUUAUAUCGUCGAGUGGGAUCUCAAGAAACUCCUUCGCGGCGUAAAGACUCCUUACAAGAUCAAGCGCUACCAGGAUGAAGUCAAGGCGGACGACUUCAAGUUUGGGUCCGACAAGAACGUCAUUGUAGCGCUGCCCAACGAAGUCAACAUGGUGGCUAAGCAGAGCCUACGCAAGCCCACCCGAGAGAGUAUCAUGGGCGAUUUACGUUUGAGCGGUGGUCGGCGCAGCUCAGGACGGAUUAGCAAUAGUCAGAGCGGGAGGUACAAGUUGGGAAGAGACGAUAUCGUGAAUUCGCCUUAUUAA